AUGGCGACGCCAGCGGUUGCCCAAGUAACUCUGCUCCUGCUGUCCUGUCUAGCGGCGGCGGCGGGAAACGACCGGGACGCGCUGCUGGCGUUCAAGGCCGGCGUGACGUUGGACCCGACGGGCGCGCUCCGGUCGUGGAGCAACGACACGGCCAUCUGCCGGUGGGUCGGGGUGAACUGCAGCGCCGCCGGCCGCGUCACGACGCUGGACGUCGGCGCGCGCCGCCUCGCCGGCACGCUCUCCCCGGCCGUCGCGGACCUCGCGCACCUCGAGGUCCUCAACCUCACCGACAACGCCUUCACGGGAGCCAUUCCGGAGAGCCUUGGCCGGCUCGGGCGCCUCUACUACCUCAGCCUCUGCGACAACGCCUUCACCGGCGGCGUCCCUGCCUGGCUGGGCGCGAUGCCGGCGCUCAUGGUGCUGAGGCUCGACACGAACUCGCUAUCCGGCCGCAUCCCACCAUCGCUCGCCAAUCUCACGACGAUCAGGCAGCUCAGUCUUGCCGAGAACCUGCUCGAAGGCGGUAUCCCCGAGGGCCUCGCGCGCCUCCCGAAUCUCCAAUUGUUUAACGUGCGCCGGAACAACCUCGCCGGCGAGAUCCCUCCAGGCUACUUCAACAUGUCGUCGCUGCAGGGCAUCUCCCUCUACAACAACGAGUUCCACGGGAAGCUCCCGCGCGACGCCGGCACCCGCUGGCCCAGCCUCGUGUACCUCUACCUCGGCGGCAACCGCCUUACCGGGCCCAUCCCGGCGUCGCUCGCCAACGCUACCCAGCUGCAGUACGUCGACCUGGCCAACAACAGCUUCACCGGCCAGGUGCCUCCGGAGAUCGGCAAUCUUUGCCCGCAGUCGCUUGAGCUGUCCAACAACGAGCUCACGGCGACCGAUGCUGGCGGCUGGGAGUUCCUGGACAACCUGACGAACUGCGACGUCCUCACCGAAAUCUUCCUCGACGAUAACAAGCUCGGCGGUGCGAUGCCGAACUCCAUCACGCGCCUCUCGCGAAAUCUCGAGAGGCUAAGUCUUGCGAGCAACCGCAUCUCUGGCAUGAUACCAGCGGGCAUCGGCAACCUCGUGGGGCUACAGAGGCUGAGUCUUGCGAGCAACCGCAUCUCCCGCAUGAUACCAGCGGGCAUCGGCAACCUCGUGGGGCUAGAGAGGCUGUACCUUGACUCUAAUCUCAUAACCGGCUGGGGUUAA